ACUCGAGAAGUUGACAGUCUCUGCUCAAUCAUCAUAAGUUUAAUACAAUGAGUGCUUCUACCUAAAUAAAGAUAAUGACAGUCACGUUCCUCAGCCUGUGUUUUGUACUUCUCAUCGUGGGGUUGUUACUACUGAUAUUUUGUUUUUACGCAAGAUACAAGCUAAACUACUGGAACCGGCGAGGUGUCGAGCAAUUGCCAAACGCUGACCUAGUGUUUGGCCACGUUAAGGACGCCAUGCUCUUCCGCACUGCCCCAGGAUGGCACAUGGGUGUACUCCACAACUCCACCAUCAAUAAGGAUGCGCCUUUUGUUGGAUUUUACGUCUUCCACAAGCCAUGUCUGCUACUUCGUGAUCCCAAGAUUAUUAAAAAUAUUAUGAUAAGAAGUUUUGAAAACUUCUCAGACCGGCAUUUUGGAGGUAGUCAACAGAAGGACAGUAUGGGCAUGACCAAUCUAUUCGGUCUUAAGAAUCCAGCCUGGAAGUAUUUAAGGUCUAAAUUGACCCCAACACUCAAUGGCAGCAGAUUAAAGCAAAUGCUGCCUCUGUUGAUACAAAAUGCUGAAACUAUGAUGAAAUAUUUGGAGGAGCAAAGUAAGAAUUUAAAUAAACAUAUGAUGAUUGAUGCACAGAAACUGAGUUACUAUUACACCACCGAUGCUACUGCCAACGUGGCUCUUGGUAUAUCCAUGGACUCUUUUAAUAAUCCUAACGAGAUUACGGAAUUUGGCAAUGUCUUGUUCUAUGGAUUAAAAAGAAAGAUUGCUGUAUUAAAUUUGCUUUACGUACCAGAAUUGUUAACUUUCAUUGGAUUUUGCGUUCUGUCAAGCAGAUCGUUAAUAAGGAAAUAUUUAUGGAAUAGUAUCAAAAAUCGUGCAGAAACUAGCAAUAAAAGAGGCGACUUUAUUGACGCAGUUAUCGAUCUAAAAAACGGCAAACAAGAUCCUAUAUACAACAUGAAAGGUGACAAUUUGGUGAAUCUAAUAGGUACUUUUUACGCUGGCUUCGAAACAGGUUCUAACUGCGUUUCUUUUGCGCUUAUGAAGCUGGCAUCUCACCCUGAGUAUCAAGACAAGGCACGUGAGGACAUAGAACGUGCAAUCAAGGAGCACGGCUUGACCUACAGUGGAUUUAACGACAUGAAAUACUUAGAUCAGUGUAUAUACGAAACUAUAAGAAUAUAUCCACCUGUGCCAACUGUUGAUCGCCGAACCAAAGAAGACUACAAGAUUCCUGGUACUGGUGUUACCAUACAAAAAGGAACUCCGAUUUUCGUCUCACUCUAUGGCAUGCAUUUGGAUCCACGAUUCUUUAAGCAACCGGAGAUUUACGAUCCAAGCAGAUUCGCUGGUGGCCAAACAGUAUCUGAUGCUUUCCUUCCAUUUGGAUUAGGUCCCAGAAUGUGUCCCGGUGUGAAGCUAGGCAUGCUUUACUCCAAAGUAAUUUUGGCAAUGAUUUUACGAGAAUACAUCGUCACACAGAAUCCAGGACAAAAAGUAGUCUUAGAUUCUCGAUCUACACUGACAGUGGCAGCAGGAUCAAUAACUCUGCAAUUCAAAAAAAUUUAUUAAGACUACUUGAUUCAAUCUACUCAAGUGCUGUAGAUUAAACACAAAUUGUACCAGAAGUAGAUAAUAUUUCCGUUAAAUAGAACUUUGUUUUUAAUUUAAUGUCAAUAUCUAAAGAAACUUGAUCAAGUGU